UGAGGAAGUGCUCCAGCUGCAUCACACAGUUCAAUGACAGGAGAUCACCGGGGACUACACGUGCCUGUUUUCCUGCUAGGUAUUUUUUAUAAUUGGUCAAUAAUGGCAUAGAUAUUUACAUGUGAGUUACUUCUUUCUUUUGACUAUAUAAAUAAUUAUUUAUUUAUUUAUUUAAAAAAUGAAUGAAACUACGAAGCAAGGAGGAUGCACACGCACUCUUGCAUUAACUGUGUGCUCUGCAGCCAUUGGUGGCACUUUUCAGUAUGGCUAUAAUAUUUCUAUCAUUAAUGCACCCACAUCUUAUGUUCAGAAGUUCAUUAAUGAGACCUGUACGAAGAGAUGGGGUACAGCUCUUGAGCCUAGUCAGGUGACACUGAUAUGGACCUUUAUUGUUUCCACUUACUCACUCGGAGGACUUUUGGGAUCCCUGCUUGCUGGCCCAAUGGCUAUCAAGUUUGGACGGAAGGGUUCCCUGCUGCUGAACAACAGCUUUCUCUUUCUGAGUGCAGUCCUGGCUCUGAGCAGUCGCUCGGCUGGGUCCUUUGAGAUGAUCAUUCUGGCACGUCUGCUUGUGGGGGUAAAUGCUGGUGUUAGUAUGAACGUCCAGCCCAUGUACUUCGGAGAAAGUGCACCUAAGAACCUGAGAGGUGCCGUUGCCUUUUCUUCGGCUGUUUUCACUGCUCUAGGGAUCCUGAUGGGCCAGAUAAUAGGUCUGACUGAAGUAUUGGGGAGUGAGUUUCUCUGGCCUUAUCUACUGGCAAGCAAUGCUCUCCCCGGACUAGUACAGCUGAUCACCUUGCCCUGGUUUCCAGAGAGCCCGCGUUACUUGCUCAUUGACCGAGGGGACAGAGAGGCGUGCGGCCAGGCCCUGAAACGCCUCAGAGCGUGCAGUGUUUUCACUGAAGAGAUGGAAGAGAUUCUCCAGGAGCGGGCAGGAGCGGGUGAUGCCCAUGCCAAGACACUGUGGGAACUGAUCCGAGACAGAAGUCUUCGCAGGCAGCUCUGCAUUGUAAUGGCUGCCAGCAGUGCCAUGAUGCUGUGUGGAAAUGAUUCCAUUUACUUCUAUGCCUCCUAUAUCUUUCAGGAAGCCGGCAUUCCAAUGGACAAGAUUCAGUAUAUCACAAUCGGCACGGGUGCCUGUGAGUUCACUUCCGCUUUGGCCUGUAAUCUACUGAUCGAGCGUGUUGGACGCAGGUUACUCCUCGCAGGCGGGUAUCUGUUCAUGGCUUGCUGGGCGGUGGUCUUCACUGUUGCUCUCUCGCUGGAGGGCAAAGUGGCCGGCAUGCCGUAUCUGAGUAUGGCCUGCGUGUUCGCCUACAUCUUCAGUUUUGGCAUGGGUCCCGCAGGAGUCACCGGGAUCCUCCCAGCCGAGCUCUUUGACCAACUGACACGUCCCGCAGCUUACAUGGUUGCCGGAUCCAUGAUGUGGCUUAAUCUCUUCAUCAUAGGAAUGGCGUUUCCAUUCAUAGUUAAUGGCCUGGGACAGUUCUGCUUCCUUCCCUUCUGCGCUGUUUGUGUGGCUGCUUGUCUUUUUAUCAGUUUCACUUUACCUGAAACCAAAGGGAGGACACUGGCAGAGAUCACGGAGGAGUGGAAUAAGAAAGACACAGCUAAUGGACGUCCUAAAUACAGUCAACAAUCACAAAGUCUGACUGAUCCACCAGAAUGCCUAGAGAUUGAGAAGAUCUGAGUGAAAUCUGCCUCAAUUCUGCUUUUACUUUUAUGAGUUUGACACUGUAAUUGUUUUCCAACUUGUUUCUAUUUUGACACUAAUUUUUGUCUAUUCAUUUAUUCGUAAUUUAUUCAAAAUUAGUGAGAAUUGCAUACGUUUUUCAGAACUAUAUAAACCCUGCAUGAAUAAAAAAAAAAACUACAAGUUGAUGUAUAAUUUAUUAUACUUCCUAAUUGAAUAUUGAAAAUCAGCUAGAAAUACAAUACAUGCAAUUGUAAAAAACGAAACAGGUGCAUGUUGGAAAUGUAUGUAGAAUUUGAUACUCUAUUUCAGGGAUACAGUUUUUUGUUGUUUGGUUGUUUUUAUUUUGUUUACUAUUUCCCAGAAUACUUGAAUCUUCAUGCCUGCAAAAGUGAAAUGCAAUUUGCACUUAUGUAUUUACCUCAUUCUGUGUCUCCAAUGUAAUAUUGUUCAUUAUUUAUAAAAGAGUUACUUGUUUUGAAAGCCACAACCAAAGAUCAGUGCACUAUAUUACCCUGCUGUCUUGCAUUUGUCGGAGAUAAAGACAGUAUGAGAUCUCUGUA